ACGGCUGUCAGGUACAGGGUAUUACCAAACUUAGCAUGAGCAUCCAUUUCGAAAAACCAGCUUCAGUGUCUAAAGAUUCUUGCUGUUGGCUGCCAACUUUCAGUUAACAAACUGUCUCUCUGUCGCGCAAAUCGUUUAAGACUGGACAAUAAAAAUUUGGUGAAAUGCGCAGUGGAUUUUUGGUAGUGCUGCUGCUCCUGCUGGAGCUGCUUUCGCCUGGUCAGUCUGCCAAUCUGUUGCACAGUUAUCUGCCCGCUUCGAUGCAGGCUCUGGCUUACUACAUCGAUCUCUUGCAAUAUGAACCGCUCUCCAGCACCACCGCGGAGCCGCCGUUCAGUGCUCAAGCUGAUGAGCAGCAGCAGGAAGCCGUUAGUACACCGCUGCCUUCCACGCCGCCCAAAUCGACAGCCAGACCAUCGACCACACGAAGACCAGCGGGCAGCACAAGCGGCUGGUGGCAGCCACCCAGCUGGUGGGAGACACCACAACGCACCACGAGCACCGAACGACCGACAGCGGUGCCAACGCCAGCACAUGGACCAGCACUCUUUGCUCCAGCUGCGGUCAGCUCGAGAAGCGCUCCACUUGAGGGCCAGGCGCUGUUCAGUGAGAUCAGCGAUGAUUCGGACUUUGACAAGUUGCCACUUUCGCUAAUCCGAGAUAUCCAAACGGAAGCACUGCACGAUGAUUUCACCAAUGAUGUGGAGUCCUUGGAUAACUUUUUGCGUUUGUACGAUGAUAAUUACGGACGUGCCGCAUUUGACGUAGAAUCGGCAAUGGAUCGCUGGAGCAGCACAUCGACGGCGGGCAAGAAACGUGUGCCGCCAACGAAGCCAUAUGUGGACUUUCUGCUGGUCUAUGAUCUGCUCAAGCGCGAUGCAAAGGCCGCCAAUCUUAGUAAAUACGAGGGAUAUUCGGAGGAUUUGCUUCAGCAAUUGUUUGAGCUAUCCAAUGCCUCCUCAACCCGACAGCUGCACACGCUCUUCCAGCGCAUGCUAGACCGUGGCGAUGUCCAGCGCAGUGAUGUCGUUGCCCGUGUGCAGGGUAUCAUUAAGGAGCUCGGUAAUCCGAAUAGCGCCACAUCGAAGGCACUCAUCAAUAUACCCAGCAUGCAGUUUUUGCCCUAGUUCAUAAGUAUUUUGUAAUAAAUCAAGUGCGUUAUAAAUUCUAAUUCUUAAA